UAAAUUUUACUUUGCUAGUUUCAAUCGAAAAAAAACCAAAAUGUUGUGUGCAGGUGAUAACGUUAAGUAUACGAUCUACUAAUAUGCUAAGUGGGGAGUCAAGCUAACAUACUAGCAUGUUUCUAGACUUCUUUUUCAACCACCCGCUGCCGAGGCUGGGUCACAUCCACCACGGUAUGAAGUGCGUCCCCGGUCGCACCCUUAUGAAGGUCACCGAGCGGCAAUCCCAGGAGAUCCACACCGGUGACUCAGAGUCAGACGAAUUCGGGCUAAGAAACGCAAACAAUAGGAGGACCCAUAUGAGAAUACCAACGAAAGACGAGUACUGUAGGAUGUGUGUCUGUUCCGCCGACGGGAAAACCGAGCACUGUCUCAACAGACCCGCAGAGACCAUCAACGAAUGCCUCCAGAUAGCUGAAGUCAUGGACAACUAUGAUGCAGGCAUACCCUACGAGCACACGAGGGCUUUGUCCAACAGGCUGCGGAGAGAUUACUUAUGGCACAACGACGAGAUUCCGUACAACCCUAAGGCGAAGUGUUACCGCGGCCACUCUUACUACAGCAACAGUCUCACGGCCAACAACACGGACAUCGACAUCCCUACUGACGUCGACUCCCUCCUGAACUACGACAACGAUAACACUUGUUUCUUCUGCAUCUGCUCUGUCGACGGCACCGCCGCCGGCUGCAUCCACAGAGACGUUCAAUAUUGCAAUUUCUUCAGAGUUAUCAGGGACGAUAAGGCUAUAAGAGACAGGUAUACGGCUAUGUUCGAACAAGAUCGACCGUCCUACUUCAGGCAGCUCUCCUGGAGAAUGAGGAGGACCAUGGACAAUGGCAUGUAUGACAUGAUAGCGAACGGAAUACGUUUAGGAGGUGACACGCUGUGCUGCAACCACCCUGAUGGUCACCGGAGACAGAUCCACAACGAUGUGCGGAAUAAGCUGCGGACCCUGAAGAAACGGCUGCCGAAGGAGAACCUCCUUGGAGGAUCGAUGAGGGGAGACUAUAAUGAUAAAAACACGAUAAUAGAUGAAGUAAACGUACAAUUUUCAGCUAACGCAGCCAAUAUAAUGCCAUCGGAAAAGAAAUGCGUUCCUUUUGUCUCCGAGUACAGCACUUGUAAUGAUGAUAACAUGUGUACGGGCUGUACAAAGUGUACUUGCACCAGUAAAGCGCAAUGGUCCUGCGAUGAUGUGAAGCUGUGUGAAGACAUUGAAAUGGAUGAAGAUAAAUUUAUGGACCAAGAUGAGAUCUUUGAUAACGCUCUAGAUAUACUAGAUCGUGAGGUUCACGGUCACAACUCGCGUGCGCCAAAGCAGCUGCCGACACAUUCCAAUGUUCCGGACCCACCAAAAUUUAAGGAAGAUAAUGGAUUGUUAGGUACCUUAUAAUAUUACAUACUUUUUCAUUUUUUUUAUUUGAAAAUUCUGAACUAUUUUUUCUUUUAAUAUAUUUUCUUUCAACGACACCGGCUCCUGUACCUUCAAUAUUUCUACCUACUUUCUCUUUAUCUUUAAAAGUACUCAUUUUAUUUAAUUUAUUUCUCCAAUCUGUUUCCAGGUUAUUUGGUAGCUAUACCUCGUCAAGAUUUCUAAUGCACCUUUUGUAAUACAAUAUAAUGCACAAACUCUUUGUUUUAUUUAUUGAAUAACUUGAAUUUCAAGAGGUAAGUGUUAUAAUAUACAUUGUACCAAAUAUAAACAUGUAUUAAUUUCAUUUUUGUAUUACAGAUGGCUAUAAAGAUUAUAAAAUUGAAGACCUUAUCUCUGCACUGGCACGACCAAAAAGGUCCACUCAUGGUCAUAAAGUUCCCGCCAAUCCCGACACAAAAACUAGCAAACAUAAUAAAAGAUCUAUUGAAAAGGUUGUGA